GUGUUAACCAUCAUUACUACUAUUUCUCAAUUUCUGGUGCUUCUUCUUGCAGAGAAACAAGACAAAGAAAAGGCCGAAAAAGAACGACAGAAGCAACUAGAGAAAGAAAAUGCAGAGCGUCUGGCAAGAGAGGCGGCAGAGGCGGCGCGAUUAGCCGCACAGGAGGGCGGUGAAGGUGAAGGACGUUCCGGACGCGAUGCCUGAGAAGGAAGAUGUCAUUGGGGUCCCACACAUCAUCAUCGACGUCACAGACAGAACUUCCUGGCCCAGCGUGAAACUCCAGGAAUCUGGCAAGCUACCUACUGUUGAGGAGGUUUUGGACGGCCUGGGACUUGGACCCCGUGGCCCCCCAAUUCCCCCACCUGCCAACUUCAGUGUGGUUCCAUACCCUGUCAAACGCCGGGCACCACCCGUGUCAGAGUUCGGAGGUCGAUAUUUGUUCAUCGCUACAUCUCCAGAUGAUCCAAAUAUUGGCAUGAUCGAAACGAAAGAGUCUGAAGUAGAAGAAGAGAAAUCUAUGACCCCUGACAAAGUCAAAGAUGAUCAUCCAACCCCAACAAAAGGGAAGGGAGCCAAAGAUAAAAAGGAGGACAAAGAUAAGAAAGACACAAAAGAGAAGGAAAGAAAAAGAAGUGCUGAAAGGAAGACAGCUUCUAAGGGAUCUCGCCGUAACUCGAUUGGGCCACCAUCUCCCCCUCCUGGUCAGACCACACCCAUUUCUGAUGGAGAUGCCCUGAGUACCGCAGGUGAUGCAAUGUCUACCACUGACAGUAAAACACUUAAACUCACAAUAUUCCGUUGGGUUAUUCCGGCCAACGGUGAGAAAACGUUGCGCCUACGGUUCCAGUCAGAAGAACUAGGUCAAUUUGACCAGACAAUGAACUUCGAGAUUGUUGGCACCAGACGCCGGUACCAGGUCUACUGUAGAGGCAUCUGUGCCUUCCCAACCAUCAGCAGGGAACCAAGAAUCGUGUUCCCUCACCGCAAGAAGAGCAAGAAGGCUGAAGAGAUAGUACACAAGAAGUAUAUUCUCACCUCCGAGAUCUUCGAGUUUGGACCACUCCUUGUUGGCAGGAACAGAGAUCGGUACAAAGAAGGCAGGUUCCCUGAACACAUGGAGACGCUGUGCAUCAAGAACACGUCGCCCCUGGAGGCGGACAUCAGUUUCUGUUUCCUGCAUGACAGCAAGGGGGAGACAUUCCUGCUAGACCCUCCAACCAUGAUGCUGAAACCUGGUGACCAGGCUGAUCUGAACAUUUGGGCCUAUCCCAUGGUUCCAAACCACUAUGAGGACUCCAUUGUGUGCUGUGUGCGAGAAAACCCGGAACCUAUCGUCUUCAAGGUCUGCUGCGAUGCAUUCAGACCGGAACUUGACCUUGAUCGGAAGCAGCUGCAUUUUGACCGGGUGCUUCUCCAUCGCAAAGACACGAAGACCAUUUACCUGCGUAACAGCACACAGAUCCCCGUUCACUGGAAGCUGAGUGGCCUUGACCUCCUGGGUGAAGAUUUCACCGUGCAAGCGGACAGUGGCAUUGUUGAGCCCAAGUCUGAGUAUGCCCUGCACAUGUACUUCCGCGCCAUGAAGCCCAUCAACUCCAUGAAGAAAACCAUAAGACUGGAUAUUUCUGAUGCUGAGGAAACAAUGGGUGUAAUACGUACUGACCCUAUUCAAGUAAUUGCAGAGGCAUACGAUGUUGCAGUUGACAUCGCCUUCCCUAAAGGCACGGACGGAUGUCUUGACUUCGGCACAAUGAAAGUGAUGGAUGAAGUGAAGCAGACAUGCACACUUAAGAACAAGGGAAAAUAUGACAUCGCCUUCAAUUUCAUGUUUGAGAACUGUGACCCAUCGAAUCCCAAUGUCACAAGCCUGUUUUCCGUGAUCCCUUCAAAGGGUACCCUCAACCCGCAAGAUCGUCAGACAUCUGUGCAGGUGAUCUUCAAGUCAACAAAGGAAGUUAUGGUCAAAGAAAUGCCGAUUCUGAAAUGUCAGGUGAUUGAACCCAACAUUUCUGAAGGCGGCACUCUUAUUGCUACAAUCCCUGUCAAGGUUUCCGUGAAAGCAGUGUUUAACAAAUACAACAUUCUGCCCAUGAGUGACAUCAACUUUGGUUCCCUGCUGGUGAACAGCAAGAAGAGUCGCGCGUUCACAAUAGAGAACAAGGGGGAGUUUGACUUCAAGUACCAGGUGUCGAAGAUGAUCAAGGAGCCUUCGCCGCAAACCAACGCCCGAGGGGCCAGACCCUCUCUCAUUGUAACUACAUCUGGAUCUGGUCGCAGUAAAAAUGUGUCCAAAGUAGGCCAUAGUAAAAGACCCUCUCUCAUUGUAACUACAUCUGGAUCUGGUCGCAGUAAAAAUGUGUCCAAAGUAGGCCAUAGUAAAAGACCGUCUAGAGCUUUUUCCACCCUUCCUGACUUUCCAGACUUGAGUCCACAGCCAGUUAAGGGAGACAAGCGUGCCAAGUCUCGGGACGGGUCAAGUUCGGGACGUUCAGUCGCCAAACCUAAGAAAGCCGAGUUAAAUAGUGACUAUGGUACAGUAGGUCACCUCCAAAGUGCUGUGAGUAAAACACCCAUAGGGAAAAAAUACAGCAAAGAUUUUCAUGGGGGUCUCAGUAGCGGAAUGAAGGGAAAGUUUACUUUCAAUAGACAAGAGAUGGGUCAGUCGAAACUGCAGCUAGGCGCGUUCACAAUCUACCCAGCGUUUGGUAUCAUACUGCCUAACGGUCAUCAGAUGGUCAACAUAGAAUGUGUGGCAGAGACGCAGGGCCGAUUUGAUGAGGAACUGAGUAUUGACAUAGCUGAUCGCGAUCCCACUGACAACCCCGGUGGUAUCCCCUACAAAUUGCUUGCAGAAGCAUGUAUUCCUUCUAUCAAUGUCGAUGACCUUGGCUCCAUCUUUGAGGAACACCGAAUCUGCAAGAACCUGAGUGUCUGGCAGCACACCAACUCGUUUGAAAGCAGCGGUGUGUACGCUGAAGACGAAAAGAAGUUUGUUUUCAACAACGUCAUCGUUGGUCGCAAGGCAACUGCGCGAUUUAAGAUCUCGAACAACCAGAAGGUCCCAUGCGAUGUCUUGUUCUCUGUGAAGCCCCUAGCCUUGAAGGGAUCCUCCAAAAACCAGGACAUCUUUGAGGUGGAUCCACCACGUGCCCAAAUCAUGAACCACAGUCAUGUAUAUGCCACUGUGACCUUCACCCCACCAUCCAUGCAGGACGGACCAAACAUGCUGAAUUUCAGUGCUAUUUUCGAGGCCCUGAUUGAUGGUUUGUCGCCAAACCAGGCUCGUGGAAAGACGCUUACGUUCGAAAUCUCUGGAGAUGGAAAUCUUCCGAGAAUCUCGAUAACAAAACCAACUGUGAGAAAUAAGAGAGGACAACCCUUGCUCUUGUUUAAGAAAAAUCUUGUUGGCCGCACUGAGUCACUUCCCUUGGUGCUUGUGAACGAUGGAACACUACCAAGCAAAGUUGAUAUUGACCUUAUAGACCCAGACAACGUGUUCCAGCUUAAAGCUGUUGAAGGUACCAAUGCCAUUAUGGCUGACGAGGAUGUAGAAGAUGGUCGCAGACCUCAUACAGCCUCAGUGAAUGUUAAUGUGGGCGAGACAGUGUCCUUCUAUGUCAACUUCCGCCCAACGUCUAUCCAGCGCUCUCAGGCCCAUGUGCGGGUGUCCGUGAUUGACAACCAGUAUGAAGAUUCUGUCAUUCAACUCGUGGGCGAAGGCUACGAGGACGAGAUAACGCUGGACAAGAUUAGCAGUGUGGAGUUGCCCGUCGAUCCAGAGAACGAAGAAGGAAAUAUGGCAGACGAUGACGUUUCUGCUGCAAAACCAAACCUGAUCCGAUUCGGGGACUGUUUCAUCAACGAGCCGCGGACUUUGUCGUUUGCAAUGACUAACCACUCCAAAGUUGACUGCAUACGCUUCCAGUGGCCAGCAGAUCAUCCGCAACUGAAGUUUUUGCCAACCAUUGGCCAUCUGCAUCCAAAUGCCUCGAAGGAUUUCACGAUCGCGUUUAAGUCAGAGAAACCGGUUACUUUUACCGAGUCAGUCGUGCCUUGCAAAGUGACCAAAAUCACAUUCCCGAAGCCAGGAAUGAUUGGGGACUGGGACGACAGAAUCCGCACAGUGAAAUGGGUUGACGUGCCUACUUCCCCGUCCACAGGGGAAGGCAGCACGGCUGGUGCAACGAAAACCACCGCCACCACGCCUAGACCUGCCAAACGCAAGGUUGUCGAGAUCGAACCUGAGCCUUCACACAUGGAGUUACCAGAGACAUCUCGUAAUGUGGACAUGCUUGUCAAUGCUGUAGCGGAUUACAGCAAAUUCAAGUGCAAGGUCGAGUCAAUCAGCUUCCGAGAAACGCUUAUGUUCCAGACUCGAGUUUUUGAAUUUUCCCUUUGCAACGAGGGAGCGGUCCAGAUGGACUACAGCUGGCAGGUGGUCAUGGAGAACUUCACACCCACCAUUCAGCGGGCCGUGACCUUCAUCUCCGAGGGCGAUCGGCCUGAAUCACGGGUAGAUGUCGUCAACACCCACUACGUCCCGUUCUCCAUUGAGCCCGAUUUCGGGACCAUAGCUGCAGGAAAGAAGACGCGUAUCACUGUCAAGUUCUCUCCCCUAGAUGCUAAUGACUAUGAGGGAAGGCUAGUCUGCACAAUUGCAAAUCUAGAGAAAGCACAGCAGGGUCCAGUGAUUGGGAUCAAGGGAAAGAGCCUGAUGCCGUACUGUCACUUCGAGCUCGAGGACUCUGAUUACAUCACCAAUGCGCGCCGCAAUCCAGAAAUGAGAGGUCCAGGCGGAUCGCCUCCUGGCACGACCCUUGACCCAAACACCAGGGUCAUCGAGUUCAAGACAACUGGAAUUGCCGUGAAAUGCACAAAGUCGUUCAGCAUCGUUAACCCCACAAGCCAGCUGUACAGUUUUAAGUGGAUCUGUGAGGAUGAAGUGGAUGCCAAGAAGCCAUCUGCCUUCCAGUGUCUCACACCAAAUGGGCAGAUACGCAGCGGCAAGAAAACCACGGUUUCUUUUGAGUACUCGUCAAGUCAGCUGGACGUGGUGGAGUCGUUCUGGAGGUUUCACGUGCCUGAGCAGAACAUCAACAUUCCCUUCCUGCUGGUCGGCCAGGCCCGCGAGCCUGAUGUUGUCAUGGACCGCUCCCACAUGAACUUCAAGGCCCUUCUUAUUGGCCACCAGGCGGACGAGACAGUGUAUCUUAUCAACAAUGAGGAUCAACCUUUCAACUUUUACUUUGAUGACGACUCACGUCACUCUGCAGGCUACUCAGCAGAACUCUCCGUCUUCCCCAUGGCGGGUCAGAUUGCUCCAAAGUCGAGCCUUCCCAUCAACCUCUCCUUCAAGCCGGACACGGACAAGGAGGUGAACUUCAACCUUGUGUGUCACGUGCGCCGCAAGACUCUGCCCGUGACCUUGAACGUGAAGGCCGAGGGGUACUGCAUGGACUGCACGCUGCUGUGUGAGGACUCCGCCGGCAAUAUGGUGACCCUGACCUCGUCUGGUGGGGACAACAUGAUCAACUUUGGAGAGGUGGAGGUGCAUGAGCAACAGAUCCGUAACCUGUUCAUCCUGAACUCUGGCAAGUUCAACUUUGACUACACAUGGGAGCUCAACAUGCUCGGCAAGUGGAAGGACAUGGUGAAGAUAUCGCCCGAGUCUGGCGGGGUCAACCACGGUGACAAGCAGAAGUGUGUCCUCUCCUUCUGUCCGUCUGCCCGUACCACACUCAAAGACAGUGAGCUUACAUUGAAGGUUAAUCAUGGCCCCUCAUUCCACAUUGCCCUGGUGGGGCUGGGCAUGAGCCCGGGUCUCCACUUCUCCUUCCUGUCGGCCAACUUUGGUAGCUGCUUCGUGUACCGUGCCGGAAUGCAGCCUCACAGCAAGACCCUCCGCCUCACAAACAAAGACAAGAAGGAGAUCAGUGUGGACUGUCUGUACCCACCAACAGACUUCUUGCGCUUCAAGUUUGAUGCCUGCGUGAUCCAGCCAGGUCAGAGCGUCGACGUAACCUUCGAGUUUGUGCCCCGAGAGGCGAGGAAGUAUCGCGAGAUCAUCACGUUUGAAAUCAAUGGACUGUCCAGGCAGGAAGUUGAGAUCAUUGGCAUUGGAGCUGAAAUGAAGAUUGAGGUAUUAAAUCCCAAACACAAGAUCCUCAACCUGGGGGCGCAGGUGGUAGGCAAAGUGGUGAAGCAACACAUCCCGAUAGUCAACAACAGCCCCGCUGCGAUCACAUUCAGCCUGGCUCUUACGCCCACAACCCCGGCCCUUCAGCAGGCCGGUGUGCUGUCCAUAGCGCCCCUUUACCCAAUAACGCUGGAGGGGAAGGGUGGCACCUGCAAGGUGGAAGUGCUCUUUAAGCCACAGGGAAGAAUUCCACAGUUCUUGGAAGAGGUUCUGAUGGAGUGUGGGGGCCUCUCCCAGCCUCUGUUUGUGAUCCAGGGCUCGUGUCUCGGAAUGGAGAUCAACCUAGACACCACCGCCAUUCCGUUUGGCGCCGUGGUGCAGCGCAGUCAGACCUCGCGCAAGAUUGUCAUGUCCAACACCGGCGACAUGAAUGCUAAGUUCAACUGGGACAUAGACAGUUUCAAGCCUGAUUUCUCCAUCUACCCCGUGAAAGGGCAGAUCACUCCAGGCAUGGAGGUUACAUUUGAAGUGUUCUUCCACCCCCAGGAGAUCAACAAUGACAUCAGAUAUGAUAAGCUGCGCUGCCUCCUCACUGGUGGUCCACACAAGCCAGUGACCUUGACCCUGACAGGCACCUGCAUCGGAAACCCACAGACACGGGAGGGCCAGCAUUUCUCAACCAGCGUCCGAACCAAGGACACCAAGAAUCUGACGAUCGCCAACCGGAGCAACCAGGCAUGGCACCUAAAGCCGAUCAUCGAAGGCGAGCAAUGGAGUGGACCUGUGUCAUUCAUUGUUGAACCGCAACAGUCGAAACUGUACGAGCUGACCUACUUCCCAUUGACAAUGACGUCUGAGGGAAAGAAACACGUGGGCUCCAUAUUUUUCCCAUUGCCAGAUGGUUCUGGUCUGAUGUUUAACCUGCUGGGAACAGCGGAGGCGCCUCGACCUAACGGCAAAAUCAACCGCGACAUUCCAAGCAAGACCUGGUACAAUGAGAUGUUACCUGUAACCAACUGGCUCAAGAAACCACAGAGGUUCAAGGUCAAGAUUGAGCCUGUACGUCAAGAGAAGUUUGACACAGGUAUCCAGAUAAAGAACAUGGACUACGUUGAUGUGCCUGCCAGUAGCAAGAAGGACUACAAGCUCUCUUUCUAUGCUUACAAAGAGAGCACCACUUCCAUGAAGGUAACAUUCACGAACGAGCAAUCCGGAGAAUACCAGUUCUACGAGCUGACAUUCAAGGCGACGCGCCCUGGGGUGAUCACCACCAUCGACCUGGUGACGCCCGUCCGACAGAGCAUCCACCACAAGAUCCAGCUUGACAACCCCCUGCCGCAACACGCCGUGUUCUCAGCCACAUGCAACGUGCCAGAAGUGCUGAUGCCCAGCACGCUUAACGUUCCGCCAAACUCAAGUGCUGACUUCACUUUGGAGUACCAACCGCUUAGGGUUGGGGAGAGUGUGGCAAGGUUAGAGUUCAGUAACAACGAGUUGGGCUUCUACUACUAUGAUCUAAAUCUGAAGGCGACCUCAGCCGGCCCAGAGAGGGCACUUUACUUCCGUACAUGUCUAGGGCAGAACCAGGUGCAAGUCGCAAAGUUCUUGAACUUUGCCAAACAGAAGACUGACUAUACUUGCAAGGUCGACAAUCUAGACUUCCACGUAGACAAGGCAGUGGCCGCCGCACCAGGCUCCACUGGCGGCACAGAAGUGGGUCUCGACGUCACGUUCGAGCCGUCUCGCCUCGGAGAACAGCGCGCCAUUCUCGUCGUUAGCUCUCCACUAGGAGGUGAAUACAGCUUCCCGCUGUUCGGCACAUGUAUCGCCCCCAAGCCUCAGGGCCCGUUCCUGAUAAAAUCUGGCUCAACAACAACCAUCACCUUCCGGAAUGUUUUCAGCAGCACAAUGGCUUUCAUGUUCCAACUUGACAACCCACUUUUCCAUCUGGUGAAAUCCAGCGAGAAUAUUCGCUCUAGAAAGGACCACAGAAUCUCUGUGGGCUUUGAUGGAAACGACUCAGGAUCGAAAGCUGCUGUCAUGGGAAAACUGAUCGUGACAUGUCCAAGGUCGGCUGGUGGGAGCUCCAAUGUGCAGUGGGUGUAUUACUUGAAAGGUGUCACCCAGUGAAACAAAAAUGAUGGACUGAAAAGACAUUUCAAUAUAAAAAUUAAAAAGUUGUUUGUGUUAAAGAAUGUUUUGUGAUAGAUAAAUUUGUGAAAGAAGCAUUUUUUUUAAUUAGUUAAAAUAAACUAUAUUUUGGUUUUAAUUUUGUGUGUGUGAUAUUAUUUAUAUAACUCUAUGAACUUGUUAUUUGUUGUUAAUUAGUUUUCUUUAUGUUCAAGUGUGAUUUUCAUAUUAAUGUUUAUUACUGCCUAUUAUUAAAAAAAGUUGCAUUACCGCUUCUGUGAACACAUGUUUAAAGUUAAAGCUAAUAUCCAUGAGGGUUAAAAUGCAUUUGAACAGUUGUUUACUCUAGCAGUAUAUAUUUAGGCAACUUCAUGGUAAAUUCUGAACCAAAAAUGAUACAGAUUUCAAUAAUAUACAGAAUUACUAAAGCUCUUAUUUACAAAGGCAAGAAGUAUGUAUGGUUUAGCCAUAUUGCUAAUCUAGACAACUACGAUACCAGUGUAUAACAUAAAAAAUGAUACACUAGACAUGUGGAAGGACUAAAAGCUGUUUUUCUUUCGUAAUAAUGACCUUUGUGUUUUAUAACUAUGCAAUAUAAGUGCUGCAGAAAAUCUUACAGAGCCGUCCAAAUGUACAAAUCAUUAUUACAUAAUUUAUUAUAUGUUUAUAUAUUUUUCAACUACUUCUAUGUUUUUAAAUAUAGUUCCCACUUAUGCUGUGACAAUGUAGGUUGAAUUGCAUUAUGUUAACCAUCGAGUAUGUAGGAUUAAUAGACCACCAGCAUAAUACCAUUAACGUGGAACAAAGGGAUUAAUUAGCUGGUAUAUUUUAUGAUGUUUACAUGGUUAUGUAUCAAUUUAAAUUAUACAACACCGAUUAUACAAAACAUUUAUUAUACCAUGAAUGUGUGUGCUAUUGCAUGCCUUAUUUGAUUAAUGCUGUGAAUUCUGUGUCAAUUUUGAUUUUAUGCUUGUUGAGAUAUAAUAUGUGUAUGGAUGUGAUAAUGUCCCAAAGAUGUAUCUUUUAAUGAAACUUUUCUGUGAUAUCCCAUAUUUAUUUCCAGCUGGAUUUCAAUGGUAGAACAAAGACUGUCAGUUUUUUAAUAAAUGUGUUUCAUCAAA